CAUCCCGGUAAACAAGACUCAUCUAUUGAUAUGGACACUAUUAGACAUAGACAGGUAAAUGUAUCUACAAAAAUUACCACCUUUUAAGUAUAAUAUGUGAAGAGAGCCACCUAGUGGUGAAAUCAGAUGUCACAAGAAACCCAUAGCACACCAGAUUAUGCAAAAAUAGAUAUUAUUCACAUAAUUUAUCAUUGAAAGUAAAAGAGACUAAAUAAAUAGGGGCUGAUCUAGGAGCCCCGAUGUAUAUGGGGGGGUUAAUGGAUUAGCUCCAAAGGUGCCCAACGUCCCUCUCCCUAUGGUAGGGAAAAAACCCUCAAAACACAAUCUAGACAGGGGAGGACUGAAAGUCCUAAUGGGGAGAGUAACAGAAAAUAGGAAAGGGAGGCCUACCUUUAAUAAUUCUAAGGAUGAACGGAUUACAUAAAAAGUACAUACAAUUGUGGAAAAGACAAAUAAGAAAAUAUCAUAGCACAGCAGGUGCACCUACAUUGAUAGGGUUUUACAGCCCAUGUCGAAAUUUGAUGGAGCGUGAGAGGAAGCACCCCAAAAACAGGAGCUUUAGUUACGGAAUGAAAGACCAACCACGGAAACAGUUCAACUUCCGGGAUUCUUCACGCUAGAUCCAUCAUCUAGCUAAAAACAGGCGAUUUGACCAGAACAUGGCAAAAAGACGUUCUGUGCAAGAUAAAAUGGAUGGAUCAGAGAGGCAGAACGAUCACCAAAACUGUCAGUCCCAAUAUGAAGGAGAGGUGGGAAGAAGGCAAGAGAAGAGAAAGAUGCAGAAUUUUCCCCAUGCCAGGCAGGUGCCCAAAGAUGACCCACAGUUUGGGAGAUCAGAACAGUUUAGAGGGUAUAGUACCAAGGAUGGACAUUGGCAUGAGGUUAAAAGGGGCAGAGAGGAACCUGGCCAAACUAAGGCCAAUGAAAGCCAAGUGUUUCGCAAUAAUAAAAGCAAAAGAUGCUGGGAAGGUAAGCUAACCUUUUCCUCUUUACCUACUGUUUCUCUUUGUCAACUCUGUUUUGUUAGAAUUGCUGGUCUAUUUUCUACCUAUUGUACUGCGCUGCAGAAUAUGUCAGCACUAUAUAAAUCAUUGUAAUUGUUAUUGAAGGUCAAGCCAAAGCCAAAGAUGGGGACGGAAUCCAGCACAAAAGAAAACAAAAGGCAGAUAUGGAGUACAGUCCUCCUAGAAUGACACUAGAGGAGCUGGAUAAAAAACUGGCAGAAUACGACCUACCUACUCAAAGUCUGCCAGUUAAAUCAACGGACUUCAACUAUCCCCAGAAGUGUCAAUCCCAAUGUAGAGGAGAAGUGGGAAGAAGGCAAGACAAGAGAAAGACACAAAAUGUUCCCCAUGCCAGGCAGAUGCCCAAAGAUAACAUUCAGUUUGGGAGAUCCCAACAGUUUAGAGUAUAUAGCACCAAGGAUGGUCAUUGUCCUGAAGUUAAAAGGGGCGGAGAGGAACCUGACCAAAUUAAGUCUAACGAAAGCCCAGUUCGCAGUCGUAAGCGCAAAAGAUGCCGGGAAGGUAAACUCAUUUGUUUCCUCUUCACCUACUGUUUCCAUUUGUCAAACAUAUAUUCUUAGAAUUGCACUGCAGAAUAUGUCAGCACUAUAUAAAUCAUUGUAAUUGUUAUUGAAGGUCAAGCUGAAGCCAAAGAUGGGGACGGUUUCCAUCAGAAAAGAAAGCAGAAUGCAGAUAUGGAGUACAGUCCUCCUAGAAUGACACUAGCGGAGCUGGAUAAAAAACUGUCAGAAUACGACCUACCUACUCAAAGUCUGCCAGUUAAAUCAACGGACUUCAACUAUCCCCAAAACCGUCAGUCCCAGUUUGGGAGAUCCCAACAGCUUAAUAAAGGGGAUAUCACCAAGGUUGGUCGAUGUCCUGACGUUAAACGGUGCAAAGGGGAAGCUGGCCAAACUAAGGCCAAUGAAAGUCCAGUGUUUCGCAGUCGUAAACGCAAAAGAUGCUGGGAAGGUAAGCUCAAUUGAUUCCUCUUCACCUACUGUUUCUGUAUGUCAAAUGAGUCUUGUUAGCAUUGUUUGUCUUUUUUAUUUACCUAUUGUACUGUGCUGCAGAAUAUGUCAGCACUAUAUAAAUUAUUGUAAUUGUUAUUGAAGGUCAAGCUGAAGAUGAGGACGGUUUCCAGCCCAAAAGACAACGGGUCGCAGAUAUGGAGUUCAGUUUUCAAAGAAUAACCCUAGAGGAGCUGGUUAAAAAGCUGUCAGAAAUACGUGUUGAAAGCGGGCCAGUUAAAUCAAUGGACGUCAACCAUCCUGGUACACAAGACUCAUCGGUUGAAGAUAUGGAAGUCGAUUAGUCAACAGUUCUGAGUUUAAUGAGUAACCCUAUGGGUGAAAUAACCCCUAUUGUGGUGAACUCUGGGAAAAAAAGGAUUAGCAAAAUAAUAUACAUUAUUAAUACACUUAUUAAUAUACAUUAUUAGACACAGACAGGUAAAUGUAGCUACAACAAUUACCACCUUUAAGUAUAUUGUUAUG